UUUACCACAAACACUUGUUAAUUGACGAAGGUGGACAUGUUACUCAUGCUUCAUCGCGUUAAAACUGGGGCUAUUCCUCCAAGAAAGAACAAUUUUGCUGCCUUUCCACGGUUGUGACAUGGCAGUGUGACAUUGGAUGGCGAUGUCACUUGGUCCAAAAGGUAUGUAUUUCUGGGGAGAUUCACACAGCAACAGUAUGAAAAGAAGGCAAAAGCAUGGAGUUCAAACUCAUCAACAUCACAGACAACACUAAAUCAAAGGUGCUACUAACUUGAUGGGACCUCUGACAAUCAUUUACAAGUGGACAACAAUUUGACAGCAACCAAUUUGACUGGCUUUUUGUCUGAGUACCUGAACUUCACCAUGACUGAUUUUGAGGUGGUGCUCACAAUACCAGACCGAGGAGAUCGCAAAUCAAAAUGUCUCUCCAAGGAGAAGGAGCAGUCACACACACCUCAGCAGUCAGUGCUGGCUCCUGAGGUGUGCUUUGGCUUGAAACAAACAAGAAGACUCCGUAAAUGGUGUCUGAAAAUCACCUGUGGCCCAUGGUUGGAUUAUUUUUCCAUUCUGAUGGUCCUGCUGAACUGUGUGACACUGGGCAUGUACGUGCCCUGCGGGCAGAAGAGAUUUAACACUGAGGUAUUGGACGGUUUUAUCUUUGCAUACUUUACACUGGAAAUGGUCAUCAGGAUGGUGGCCCUGGGAGUCUUUGGCUGUAAAGGAAGUUACUUUAGCAACAACUGGAACAAGUUUGAUGUCUUCAUCAUCUUUGGAGAGGUGUUGGACUAUUUUCUGGAAUUAUUUAGCAUCCACAUACAACUCUGUCAGGUGCUCAGACCAAUGAGACUCAUCCGCAGAGUCACAAGUCUGCGAAAUCUGGUGACAAUACUCCUGGACACCAUGCCAAUGCUUGCAAAUGUUCUCAUCCUCUACGUCUUCGUCAUCCACAUCUUCAGCGUUGUGGGAGUUCAGCUGUGGGCAGGCCAGCUCCGCAACCGCUGCUUCCUCGGAGAGGACAUCCCCAAAAAGUACAACGUGUCCUUGAGUCCGUACUUUGUGUCCAAGUAUGGUGAAAAAAGCCCAUUCAUUUGUUCAAAUGAUAACAAGUACGGGAUGCGGCGGUGCCACGAUGUGCCACCUUACAGCAAGGAUGGGAAGAUUUGUUCACUGGCUGUGAAUGAGGCUGUUGCUGGUACUAACAGCUGUGUGAACUGGAACAUGUACUACAAUGUCUGUCGCACUGGGGACCACAACCCUCACAUGGGAGCUACUAAUUUUGACAACAUCGGCUAUGCCCUGAUAGCCAUAUUCCAGGUUGUCACUCUGGAAGGAUGGACAGAGAUCAUGUUCUAUGUUAUGGAUGCUCAUUCCUUCUGGAGUUUGGUGUUUUUUAUACUUGUCACCAUUAUGGGCUCCUUCAUCAUGAUGAACGUGUGCGCGGUCGUCAUUGCCACACAGUUUUCAGAGAACAUGGACAGGGAGACAGGAAAGAAGCGUGUUGGUGCUAUCGCACAGAUCUGUAACAAGUUGAUCAGCUGGUGGAGGAGGAUCAGACUUUGUAACAAGGUGCACCCCAGUGACAGCGACACUGCGCUGGGUCAGGCCUGGAUGCCAUUCAAGAGAAAACUUGAGAGGACGGUCAAAAGCAAACGCUUCGACCAAGUGAUCAUGUUUGCUGUUUUCCUCAGUAUUGUCACCAUUGCCGUCGAACACCAUGGGCAGCCUAUGGCGUUGACACAUAUGUUACACAUCAGUAACAUCAUCUUCACCCUCAUAUUUCUUGUGGAGAUGGCCUUAAAGCUGCUGGCCCUCUCUUGGGGAUACUUCAGGGACCGAAACAACAUCUUUGAUUUUGCCAUCGUCAUCAUCAGUUUGUGGGAGAUAAUCGCUAAAGCUGAUGGCAGGCUGUCAGUUCUGCGUGCGUUUCGUCUGCUGCGGUUUGUGCGGCUUGUUCACUUCCUCCCUUACCUGAAGAGACAACUGCUGGUGCUGAAGAGGACGAUAGAGGAAGCAGGCUCGCUCUGUGUGCUACUGCUGUUCGUCACUUUCAUUUUUAGUUUAAUGGGUAUGCAACUUUUCGGUUGUACAUUUACCUUUGAGUCGCACAAUGGUCACACCAUCGAUGACCGGAAAAACUUUGACUCCCUACUGUGGUCCAUGGUCACUGUGUUCCAGAUUCUGACUCAGGAAGACUGGAAUCUGGUGCUAUACAACGCCAUGGCUGCCACCUCCCCAUGGGCUGCUUUCUACUUUGUUGCCAUCAUUGUGAUUGGAAAACAUGUUAUUCUCAAUGUACUUGUGGGGAUAGUAGUUGAGAGCUUCCAGGCCAGGCGCUGCUUAAGUCCUGAUGAGUCCACCAGCUUCACUUCAACCAGCCUGAGCUCUGAGAAUGACAGGUCACUGACAGAUAGCGGCAAGACAAAUGGCUCCUCAGGACCCAGUCACGACUCCUCUCUCUCUCCCUGUGGGUCCAGCCAAUCCACAGCGAUGGACUCUAAACCUACAGACACAGGCAAGGACAAUAGAUAUUUGAACUGGAUCCAGAAAGUGCUGCACUGGUGUAAACAGCGUGAGGACUGGUCGUUCUACAUGUUGUCUCCACAGAACAGGUUCCGUAUCUUUUGUCAACGUGUGAUCUCUCACAAGAUGUUCGACCAUGUGGUCCUACUCUUUAUUCUCCUGAGCUGUGUCACCAUUGCUAUGGAGAGGCCUGGAAUAGACCCUGAAAGCACAGAGAGAUGGAUCCUGAAUAUGUCCCGCUAUGUGUUCUCUGCUGUCUUCCUGGUAGAGAUGCUUUUUAAGGUUCUGGCUCUUGGUUUGGUGUUUGGGGAGGAGACCUACUGCCGGUCCUCCUGGAACAUCAUGGAUGGUUCCUUGGUGGUUCUGUCUUUAGUCCACAUCGUUGUCUCUCUGGUCAGUACGGGCAAAGAUAACAUACUGGGCAUGCUCAAAGUUCUACGUCUGCUACGCACACUUCGCCCACUGAGAGUGAUCAAGCGAGCCCCAAAACUGAAGCUGGCUGUGGAAGCUCUGAUCGCCUCAGUGAAACCCAUUGGGAACAUUGUUCUCAUAAGUUGUGCCUUCUUCUUUUUCUUUGGUAUCCUCGGGGUGCAGUUGUUCAAAGGAAAGUUCUACUACUGUGAGGGUCAGAACACAAGGAACAUCACCAGUAAGACUGACUGUCUGUCGGCCAACUAUCGAUGGGUACGGAAGAAGUACAACUUUGACAACCUGCCUCAGGCUCUGAUGGCCUUGUUUGUGAUGUACUCUAAGGACGGCUGGGUUAACAUCAUGUAUGAUGGGCUGGAUGCAGUGGGAGUAGACAAACAGCCUAUGAGGAACUACAACGAAUGGAUGCUUAUCUUCUUCAUUUCCUUCAUGAUUAUGAGCUUCUUUCUCCUCGACAUGUUCAUUGGUGUGAUGGUGGAGACCUUCCACCAGUGUCAGCAAGGAGCAGAAACAAGGGGAUGAAGCAGAAGAGGGAAAAGGGGUAUUGCAAGACCAGGGCAGGGAGCCUGAGCAGCCAUAUUACACCAAUUACUCCCCCCUCCGUCGGUCUAUCCAUACCCUGAGCACCAGCAAGCUCCCUGGACAUCUUCAUGACUGUCAUCAUUUUCAUCAGUGUCUUGAUGAUGGCUUUUGAACAUUAUGAUCAGCCUCUGUGCUGAAGGCCAAAAAGAUACGAGUUCUCCUAAAAACCCUUAUCAAGACGCUAUCACAGGUUGGAAAUAUUUGUCUGCUCUUCACAUUCUUCUUUUUCAUCUAUGCUGCGCUGGGAGUGGAGCUCUUUAGCAACCUAGGUCAGUCUCUCUCACACACACACACACACACACAACACACACACACACACACACACACACACACACACACACACACACACA